UAGUAAUAUCAACUAAGAAGCAAUAGGUUACAAUGUCUACUUCUAUUGUUCGUACUAUCAAGAACAUUUACAAGUCCGGGAUAAGAAGGGCUUUAUGGCAAAUUCAAACUCAUAAUGAUACUAAGAGUGGUUGGUUAGUAGGUGAAGAUGACUAUGGUAACAAAUAUUAUGAAACAGAUAAUGCUGAAGAAAUCCAUUUAAGAACUAGAUGGGUAGAAUAUAAUGAUAGAUGGACACAAAUUGAUAUUUCUAAAGUUGAGCCAGGUUGGCAUUAUUGGUUAGGGUAUGGUACCAAUACUAUACCUCCUAAUUUAACUGGAGAUGAAAAAGUUACUAGAGCAUAUCCUUUACCAGAGAAACAUAAGCCAAAUUUAACUAAUACUUCUGGUGCAUUUGUUACCUACAAUACUGCCAAACCAAAGCAUACUGCUUGGGAACCAAAAGUCAGUGAAAGAGUCUAAACAGUUCACAAUUCAUGACCUUCAGGGAACAAAAAUUUACACUUAUUCAUGGAAACCCCUCCAAGAUAUUUUCUUCUUCUAAUUUGCAUUGAGUUUAGGACCAUUUGUGAUUUACACUAUUUCAACUUUGUGCAUAGCUUAAAGCUACUGUUGAAUAUUCUUGUGUCAGUCUAUCAGUUUUACCUCAAUUGACUGUGACAAAAUCGAUAAAUCUUAAAUUCUACUUCAUACAUUAUUACUAUCUUUUAAAUACGAUCUUUAUUUAUACAAUUAAAUGUACUUUAUAUUCAUUAGUUAA